AAAACAGUUACUUUUGCGGAUCUGAAAUAGUGUGGGCUAUUUUUCUCUUUAAAAAUCUGAGGUAUCGUCGAUCGUGUGGUACUCUUUCCCCAGUGCCUUUUUUAUGCUGAGAUGCGCAUGGUUAUUCUGUAUUUUAAUUCGAAACAAAACCGGACUCUUCAUUAAUUAUCUUUUAAUAUGAGCAGUUCAACCUGUGACAGUGACAAAUAAAUUCAAGGAAACAAGGCCUUACAGGAAGGAUCACAGCUGAGAAGAUCAAAGGAACAGCUGUGCCAUAUAUUAUUUACUUCUAAUAAAAUGGCUGAGAGAGUAAAUCAUCUACCUUACUUCUAUGGCAGCAUUACACGAGAUGAAGCAGAGGACUUUCUGAAGCAGGCUGGAAUGAUCAACGGCCUCUACCUUUUGCGUCAGAGUCGCAACUAUCUUGGGGGCUUUGCUUUGUCUGUGGCAUAUGAUGGAAAGUGUUAUCACUACACAAUAGAAAGAGAAUUAAGUGGAAGUUAUCUCAUAACUGGAGGAAAGUCCCAUAAGAGUCCAGUAGAUAUUGUCGAAUACCAUACUGAAGAGACCGAUGGUCUUGUUUGUCUUCUGAAAACUCCAUGCAAUCGACCAAAGGGAAUUGAACCAAAAAUUGGGCCAUUUGAAGACCUGAAAGACCAUUUGAUCAGGGAAUAUGUCCAACAAACGUGGAACCUACAGGGAGAUGCUCUUGAACAGGCGAUUAUUAGCCAAAAACCACAACUAGAGAAAUUAAUUGCGACAACAGCCCAUGAGCGAAUGCCUUGGUUUCACGGGAAGAAAUCUCGAGAUGAAGCUGAGCGUUGCAUUCUCAGAAGUUCACGGACGAAUGGAAAAUUUUUAAUACGAGAGCGUGAUGACAAGGGAUCAUAUGCUCUUUGCUUGACUCAUGAGGGUAAAAUAUACCAUUACCGUAUUGACAGGGACAAAACAGGGAAACUGUCCAUUCCUGAUGGGAAGAAAUUUGACACCCUCUGGCAGAUGGUUGACCAUUACUACUAUAAGUCUGACGGUCUUCUUCAAGUUCUCACUGAACCGUGUCCAAAUCCUGAUCACCCAGUUGAUUCCUUUGGGUUAACGCAAGCACCACCAAUUCCAAGUCAUCAUCCUCAGCAAGAGGGCAAAGGUGGAAUAUUCUCAAGAAUCAAAUCCUCAUCAUUUCCAAAGUCUGGUUCCAAAAAGAAGUCAAGCGUAGCUGAUCGCUCCUAUAGUGCAGCAAAUCUUAAUCCAUACAUGAUCAGGCCAAAUCGACACAAUAAAGAAGCAGAAGCAGGUACUCGAAGAGAUGCCAUGCCUAUGGAUACCAAUGUCUAUGAAAGCCCAUAUGCUGACCCCGAUGAGCUGCAGGAGAAAACACUGUAUUUGAAAGAUGAUUGCCUUACACUGGAAGAAAAGGAACUUGGGUCUGGUAACUUUGGUACAGUGAAGAAAGGAGUUUAUAAAAUGAGGAAGAAAAACAUAAGUGUAGCAGUGAAAGUGUUGAAGAGUGAUGAUCCUGCAGUAAAAGAUGAACUGAUGAAGGAAGCAAAGUUCAUGCAUCAACUUGAUAAUCCUUACAUCGUCCGCAUGAUAGGGAUUUGUGAAAGGGAGUGUUUGAUGCUGGUGAUGGAACUUGCAGAACAAGGCCAACUUAACAAAUUUCUGCAGGCUCACAAAGAUGUUACUAUAACCAAUAUAGUUGAAUUAGUACAUCAAGUGUCCAUGGGAAUGAAGUACUUGGAAGAGAAAAAUUAUGUUCACAGGGAUUUGGCUGCAAGGAAUGUUCUUCUCGUAACUCAGCAUUAUGCUAAAAUCAGUGAUUUUGGCUUGUCAAAAGCCAUAAACUCUGAGGAGAAUUACUACAAGGCUAAAAGUACUGGAAAAUGGCCAAUAAAGUGGUAUGCACCAGAAUCCAUUAAUUUCUUCAAGUUUUCCAGCAAAAGUGAUGUCUGGAGUUUUGGUGUGAUGAUGUGGGAGGCAUUUUCCUAUGGUUUAAAGCCCUACAAGGGAAUGAAAGGCCAAGAGGUUGUACAAAUGAUUGAAUCAAAUAGUCGAUUGGAUUCUCCAGCGAGAUGUCCUGUUGAAAUGUAUGAAUUGAUGCGAGAAUGUUGGACAUACAGAGCUAAUGAUCGGCCAGGAUUUGUCACUGUGGAACACAGGCUGCGUGAAUACUACUACACUAUUUCAAAGGAAUAGAAUACCCUGUACUUACUUUCGAAGAGAAGCUUUUAACCAGCAUUUAGAAAAGAUUAAGAUUUUUUCUGCUCAUCAUAUGCAAAUUAUAUUCACUGAUUAAUAUGAAAAUGCCUCAUUCCAUUAUCAAUAUAAAUUUUAAAAUGGUCAAAGUUCAUAGGUCUGGAAAGAGUGAAAUGGCUUGUCUAUACCUGAAGGCUAAGCAAUUUGCUGCAAACUGGUUAUUCCAGGACUCUCCCUAUUUAAUGUUACUCUUCAAAUUCCAAUUAGUGGAACCACAUAUCCAGGGAAACAUCUAGGUUGGAUGACUUUCACAGGUUAGAUUAUACCAGCUCUUUAGAGCUGUGCUGGGGAAUGGGAGACCUAUCUGAAUAGUGGAAGAAGGCAUUUGGAAUUUGGUAGGGAGGGGGUUUCUCCUGUCUUCCUAACAAUGCAGGAUACUUCCAUGGACAAAAAACUGCCAGAGAGAUAUUUUCUAAUCAACUUGUUUAGAGAUUUUACUACACCGCUUUGGAACAGCUGGGAUUUGUAUCUGGAUCUUCUGGCUCAGAGGUAGCGACAUUACCACAAGAGGCCCUAUGAACAGCAUUGGAAUGGUUUCUGCCAACCUGAGGCAGGUGACCAAUUAAGACAAUUAAUUUGUUGUUUAGCAGCUAUUACCUGCCCCCUACUGGCAUUUUAUUGGUUUUGUAAAGGUUGCUGUUAAAUAAACCCUGGUUCUGUCCAAUAUGCCUCCUUUAUGUAGCUGUCCUGUUACAGCUUUUGAUGAGCCCCUCUAUUUGCAGAACCUCCUGGACUGACUCCAAAAAGGUAAAUAAGAAUGCUUAGCUUGCCUUUACAGAUGAUUUGACAUGGAGACGUCCUCUUCAGCUUCCUGCAGGCUACACAGUGGCCACUUUUUACCUCUUUUGAGGCUACUGGUAAAACGUCAGCCAGGGUUCCCAAUUGUCAGGUUGGGUCUCGCUUUUCAUUUCAAAUGUGGGACUAUAUAACUUUUUAAAAAAUUUCCACCAAGUUAUUUUGGAAAUUUGGGCCCAUUAUCCCAUCCAUAGCUUUCAAUAUACCAUCUGUCAACUGCAGAUAUAACUAACAGACCUCCAGAAUUAAAAGGCAUUUGUACAGAUGAUCUUUAUAUUUUAAGUUAUCUUGAUAUACUGCAUUUGAAAGCACUUUCCCUCCUAAGUCAAAAGUCUGUGUAUUCAAGCCCAAUUUCAAAACAUAAAUAAUCUAAUUUGACAUGCCACUGCAAUGAUGAAGGAAAACUAUAUUGUUGGAAGUGCUAACUUUGGAGCCAGCUGUUAAAUUGAGGAUCCUCUCCUAAGUUAAGCCAUUCAGAUGUGAAUGAAAACCCAUGCACCAAUUGAAGAAGAGAAAGGAUUUUGGUUUAUAAGUGUGUUGGCAAUAUAUAUCAAACUUUGUUGAUUAUACGAUCUUGGGACAUGAAAAAGACCCAAAAUCUUAAAUAACAACACCAGCACAAAGCAGUCCAUUGUAGAUGAAAUGUGUUGAAUGACCCUGAAUUGAUGUGAUCAAGAAUGGAGAUUCUGACCCAGAUUUUCAUCUUCAAGGCAGGAAUUGCAAGUUUGGAGAUUUUUGUUUUGGUAAUACCAGCCCACCUCUUGUCUUGCAUUACCAGUCCAUGCUAUUUUCAAGGUGAGAUGGUGGAGGCAAUCUGGAGGUUAGGGCCAACAUCGCUUGAAGCAAGUCCAAGAUGGGAAUGAGAGAAUGCAGAUGCUGUAUGGAGUGGUUAGAAGGCCAGCUGGAACAUCAGCUCCAUUCUGUAAAUGAAUUUUUCAGCCCUCUUCCCUCACCUGCAUGCCCUCAUACCCCCAUCCACACCCAUAUCCCUUCCACAAUCCCCAUUAUCUUUGCGUGCUCACUGACAAAAGUGUAUACUACAGCAGAACUUUAUAAUAGCAUUAUGAAGGUGUUGCAAUGGUCACGAAACUGUCAAAAUAAACAGUUAUUCAAACUCCACUUGGAAAAAAAAGCUUCAUCCCUUUAAGUGGUCAUAAAAUGAUCAAAAUAAUCAAACAGUCAUUCUCAACCUCUUUUCAAAAACUGUAAUCAUCUUGUAUCAUAAGAUUGUCAAAUAAAAUAAAGAUCACUCUUCCCUUGAUAAUUAUCAAGAACCACUACUACCUGAAUUCAUUAUUGGCAUCUGAAGCUCAAUGAAACAUUCAUAAUGAAAUUUCAUCACACAAAGCUUUCAGAGCUAAAUGGUUUAAAACAUUUGAGUUAGAUGAACAGAUGGCCAUUCAAACCUAAACACAUGACUAACUUGUUGACUAAAUAACUCAAUUGUUAUAUUGCUUUAAAUGUUGAACUGGUGACGGCCCUGUUAAUCAAAGAAAAAUUGAAGUGUAGGGUCCAACUUGCACAUUGAACCCUAAAUCACAAGACUGUUUUGUUCAUUAGAUAACAUACUCUAAUAUACCUGACGGCUUUCCAGUUUCACAAUGCCAGUCAAUUUGAUGGUAACUCAUCUACUAAGACCAACGCCCUAUCAUUAAUCACUGUUAAAACAUAUUUGACACAGUUAUAUUAAAGGUAAAGUCAUUAUCGCCUUACCAGAUUAUUGGACUGUUCUCUCAUUAGAAAGUGAGAUGACCAGUUUAAUCUGAGUAUCUCCAUGCCUCAGGUGAUGGGAGAGGGAGAGAACAAUAGUCCUUCUUGUAAUCUUUGCCAAUGUGGAAAUUAAAUCCAUGUUGUUGGCCUCACUUUGCAUUGCAAAUGAAUCACCUUAGCUAACUGACUCCCUACCAUUCCAUUACAUUUGGAUAUGUGAAAUCAUCAACUAUUUAGAACUUACCUGUCAACAAGUUUCUGACUUCAGAUUUGGGAUCCCCUACUCCCCAAGGUUAAUGAGUCCUCUAAGGUGCCAUUGAAACAAUUCAUCAGGCAAUGCUAUAUAGCUUGACUCCAUGAGGGUAGCUCCAAUUUAAAAUUUCUACCCUUAUUCUGAAAUCAGCCUGGGGCAGUUGAGCUAUAUGUGUGGUCAUUACGUAUGCCAUUAUCCUGAGACACCAAAAAUGUUGGUAUGGGAAUCGGAACUUCAUGACCCACUGAAGUCCAGCAUUUUAUCUCCAAAUCUGUAGAUAUUUCAAAGUGGAACACUGUUGAUAAUACCAGAAUUACGAAUACCACAAAUUGGGGAGAAAACUUUGAGCAAAUAUUCAGGCAAUAAUGUUCAAAAAAUUACAGCUAAUUUUAUUUUUGAUUAUUUUUGGGUUACAUUUUCUAGCUGUACACUAUAAAUAGACAGACAACCUAUCAUUAUUUGCAGCAACAUCAACAAAAUGCACUCAUAAUUGACAAAACAAUGAUUUUGGCCAUGUUUUAACUUUCAGACUUGUAGGUAUUU